AUGUUGAAGGCUUCCAACCUCUCUCGCUGGCAGUUCAUCCAGGAAUUCUCCAUUCCUCCUCUGGUGGCAGUGCCCAGACUCGCUAGCGCCCUGCUUCCAAUUUUUGGCCUGCUCUACGUGCUCAUCUUUGCGCUUGCAGUGGUGGGAAACGGGGCGGUGCUGGUUCUCUUAUGUCGCAGGAAGGCUCUGCAGUCUCCCAGCACCUUCUUCAUUUGCUCUCUGGCACUCAGUGACCUCCUGAUAUCCAUAGUGUGUGUUCCUGCCACACUGCUGCAGCACUUCUUCACCAACUGGUUGGCAGGAGAUUUUCUGUGCAAGUUAAUACCAUUCCUACAAGUGACGGCCAUCGGGACCAGCAUGCUCACCAUGACGUGUAUUGCUGUAGAGCGUUUCCAAGGAAUCCUUUAUCCCCUGCAUGUCCGCAACAGCUACUUUCUUUGUCAUGCCUUCAAGAUGCUGGUGGCUGUGUGGUUGGUUGCCCUCGUAACCGCGGCUCCCAUGUGGUUUGUUCAGAAAGUGGAGACUUUAGUCUGUUCUCUGAACACAGGUCAGCUGGACCUUGAUCUUGACUCCGAGUUUCUCCUAGUCAGCAUGGUUCAGAUCCUGGGAUUCAGCAACUCGGUGUGUAACCCGCUGGUUUAUGCUGCCCUCAACACCACCUUCAAAAGUGACCUGCUGGCUCUGCUCACCCGAGGAUGUUCGGGUGCAAGAGGUUGCUGCUGUAGCUCGUGUUCCUGUUGGUCCUGGAGGAGUCACAGACGAGUGGGCAUCUCAGCAGUGGAAUCAGUGGAACCCAGACGGGGCCUGGAGACAACAUUUAGACAGGGAGGGAUCAGAUCGUGUAGUAAACCAGCAUGGGAUGCUGAACCAGAGAGGCCUACGUCUAACAUGUUUCCCCCCAUGAACCUUCUCAGUGCCAUCAGGCCCAAAAAGACCUCCAGUACCAUGAUACUAAGUGUUAUUGACCCUCCACACACAAACAGCACAUCUGGCUCUGACCGGCCUCUCACAGGGAUACCUGAUAAUGAUGAGUGUGUGCAGCCUCUUGCCUCAGGGAAUGUGGAUUCUGUCUCCAUGGAUGGGCCCAAAGUCUACUGGAAGUUCUUGGAGUCUGCAGGUACCUGCAGAGGCCUUUGGAAUUGCCCAGCUGAGUGCGGGCGACACACUCCAUAA